ACCUUAUCUGUUGACUGUCGUGCUAAGGAUUCUCUGAAAGAUAAGGACAGCAGGAGGAGGCUGUGAGAGCGGAUAACCACAACGUGGCUCAUCUGGACUGUGUGACACAGACGGGCUCCGAUCGUUGGAUUAACCUCUACUGAAUUCUACAGGCGGCUGGAGACGAGACUACAGCUUUAUUCGAGGACGGUUUCUCGAGGAGCGCCUUGGCGGAGGAAUCCCCGAAGCGGGUUCAUGAAACGCAUGGGCUCUUCGAGUGGAGCAGCGCCACUUUCCUCCACUCGUUGGAGUCGAGGCGGAGCGCCGAGUCGAGGCUUGUUCAAGAAUACGGAGGUUAGCAUUCUCUCGUCCAUGGCAGAGCCGGUUUUUGCCCCGGCGUGAAGCAGGACAGCCAUGAAAGCGACGAUCGAGAACGGCAUUGUCUAUUCACCUUAUCCCGACGUCUUGAUUCCGGAGAUAUCUCUGUACUCUUUUUUCAAGAGUCAUGUCCAGAAGCACGGAGAUAAAGUAGCGGCGAUAGAAGAAAACCGCCAGUGGAGUUUCAAUGAAGUGCUGAGAAGCAUCGAGUGCUAUGCUGCAGGAUUCCAAUCCAUCGGACUCCGCAAAGGAGACAAAGUGUGUGUUCAUGUCGGAAACAAGUUCGAAAACUUGCUAGCCAUGUACGGCGUCGUCGCUGCUGGGGGAACUGUCGUCUGCUCCAGGCCAUCUCUAACACCUCGAGAACUCUCGUACCAAAUAGCGGACAGCGAGUGUAUCUACGUGCUAACCGACAGUCGGAACGCGGAUAAAGUUUCCCAAGUGAAAGAUAAGCAUAAACUAAAGGCUGUUUUCUCAAUGGAAGCCGUCAAUGGAUUAUUCUCCGUAGAACAGUUCAAAGAGGGCGUGACACAGUCUAAUUUUAAGGUUGUGGAUGUAGAAAACACCAAGGAAGAAGUCGUGACCAUUCUUUACACGUCUGGGACCACAGGAUUACCGAAAGGUGCUCAAAUAACUCAUUAUGGAUUGGUGGCCUGCCUUGUUCAGUCACUACACAGCUACGAAAUCAGCCAAGAGGACGUCCCCCUCUGUUGGGAACCAAUCACGCACGCAUCAGGGUUCUUGGGAUCAACGUUUCUCCUUGUUCACGGGACGACUUCCGUGAGAGGCCAACUCACAAUGGGUGUCCAAGGGUUUGUCGACACAGUGAACAAGCACAAGGUGACGUCAGUCUUUUUCUUUCCAACGCUGCUGCAAGCAUUCGUAAACGCCAUGGAAACUCAUGGCUACAGGACGCCUUCCAUAAAAAGUAUUAGUGUUGGCGGCAGCGGCCUCUCUCCAAGCGUCGCUGAGAAAGUUUUGAAGCUGUUCAACCUGAAGUCCUUCUUGAACAUGUACGGACUUACUGAAUCAUGUGCCUUGGUGUGCGGAUCCCCCUCCGGUGUCACCGCAUACGAUACCAUAGGCUUCCCAGCAGCCAAUGUGCAGAUUAAGAUUGUAGAUGUUGCGACCGGAAGGGUGCUGGGCCCGGGUGAGAAAGGAGAAAUGGUUGUCAAGCUACCGAACGUCAUGAAGGGAUACUACAAAAAACCAGAGGCGACCUCCGCAGUUUUAUCUGCAGACGACUGGCUGCGGACAGGUGACUGUGCAUAUUACGACGAAGACGGAAGAUUCUAUUUUGUCGAGCGGCUAAAAGAGAUGAUCAAAUGCCUCGAUAACCAGCUGGCGCCGGCGGAGGUGGAAGAGGUCCUGCUCAGCCAUGAAGCGGUUGCUGAGGCAGCAGUGGUGGGAAUUCCAGACCCACAGUACGGAGAGGCACCCACCGCUUUCGUUGUCCUUAGAGCCUCCUGUCAUGAAAAUGUCGAGACAGUAAGGACACAACUGACAGAACUCGUGAAACGUGAAUGCGCUCAUUAUAAGCAUCUACACGGAGGUUGCCAUUUUGUUGAACGCCUUCCCAAGACAGAAACUGGCAAAGUUCAACGAGCCGCAUUGCGCGAAUCCUACGUGGGCAUCCAGAAGAAAUAGAAAUAAAACCACACUUUCUUGAAAGCA